AUUCAAAUAAAAAUACUUCAUUAUAUUCAACUAAUAUUAUCGACCAAAAAAAAAAAAAUGCAUCACUAAUUUUGCUCGUGUGUCCAGUCUGUAUAGUGUAGGGCCAUUAAACCGCGAAUUCGCUUAAGCCGCGCAAAAUGCAUGGAUCCCAAAUUUUUGACGCUAUGGAUCGUACGGACCUGGACAUGGCCCCUCAAACACUCGAGACAGGUGCCGCAAGGUGGAAGCACUUUCCUACUACACGAACAACAUCAAACAGUCAGGGCUGCCAUGUAUUACCUGCCAUCACAGGAGGUUCACAUGAUUUGGAACAUGACCAAGGAGGCAGCAUUUAGAACUGUGACUUAAGAUGGAAGCUCUCUCCUCAGAUUCAAUAUAUAACCAGCUGCCACAUUAUGGAGACACCAUCUUGGACUGUGCGGUUUAUAUUUCACGCAGUAUUCAUGAUGCAGAAAACCAGCAAGUACUGCACCAUGUCUGUGCCCUUCUAAACUCAGGGGGAGGAAUUCUUCACAUGCGAAAUGUUGACCAUGAUCAUCAGGUUCAGAGCAAAGACCUUGACAUGUGGUGGAGUGGCAUAGAAAAUCGUCUUGCUGACAUUUUGUCUGGUGAUGACCUUUGCAACUACUUUGACUUCAUUGGCAACUUUGAUGACCAAUAUUUCUUCCUUUUUGUGAAGACUGCAGAGCAUCUGUGCACUGUCAAUUACCACUGCCGUCUGCCAUCUGACACUGCCACUCACUAUGUCACAUACGCCUCAGCUGUUAAACUUUUGUCGAAGACAGGAGAGCCAGCAUCAUUAGCGGAACUACCAGCAGUCCCAAAAGAAUUUGUUUAUGGACACAUUGAGGAAACCCUGAAGCAAGAAGGAAAACAGAUCCAGUUCAAGCUGCUGACAAAUGACAGUCCCAGGAUAAAGGCGUUCUCAGAAAAAAUCAGCUCCUAUUGCAGCAAGUAUAUCACUGCCUUUGCAAAUCACUAUGGAGGACAUGUGUACUUUGGAAUAGAAGAUACUACUGCAGCUGUGUUUGGGGAAAUUAUUAGGUCUAAAGAUGAAGUGAUAAUUGUUCAGCAGAUGGAGAAGAAGAUGAAUAGUGUCUUGUGGGGAGAUGCUGACUUCAAGGCUGUAAGAGGAAAACACUGGGACAUACAGUUUCACCCUGUCUCUGGAUGCCCCAAUAUGGAAAGACGGAGUGUUGUGGUGGUAUCUAUCUGCAAGUUUCCUGGCGGUGUCUUUACAUCUUGUCCUGAGAGUUUUGUAGUCAGACCCAAGAGAAAAAUUCGACAGCUUACUUUUGCUGAAUGGAAGAAAGAAAUGCUAAAUCAAGCGAGAGUCAAGCCAGAAUUGCUGAACCGCUUUGUGAAAUUGUCUCUUCACACCCCUUUUAGCAGCCUGGUCUUUGCUUUGCCUCACACACUUCAAGACGCAAAGGAAAAGAUCCUAAAAUUGUCUACUGGAUUCAAUCUGCAUCCUCCUUCAUACAUGGAUACAUUGAAGGAUGCCCACCUGCGUAACAGUAUACGACACGUCCUUAGCACAUUUGUGUGUGAGACACACCUAGCAGUUGCUCUCCACUGCUUUGGCACACAUUUAAGCUCCCCCAUGCCUGAGGACAUGUGCACAUCCAUCUUUGUUUUGAGCAAAAACUAUGGAGCCCUUCUAAUUUGUUUUAUCACCUCCCAUGCCAACUAUGCAGAGGUAAUGAGAAGGGCUCAGACAAUGGCCAUUGAGUUCAAGGAAAAACUGAUAAAGAGGGGAGGGUGCAUGGAUCGGCUGGGAAUCAAAGUUCACCUCCUCAGUUUGGCAGACCCAUUUCUGCUACAAAAUUUUCAGGUUACCAUUGAUGCUCCAUCCCAUCCUUCCACUUACUUCCUUACUGAAGAGAAGAUGGAUCACAUCAGAACAGCUCUCCUCAUCUCCAUGGCUAGCUAUGAAACUGUGGCAGACAAUGCCUGCUGUGACAACUACUACUUUCUCCUAAUUGGGCAGCUGCAACUGCUAUGGACACGUCAGUUCACCAAAGAGCUCUGGGUUCAUGGUCCACCAGGUUCUGGCAAGACUAUGGCUAUCGUGGAGAUGAUUCGUGAGUUGGUGAACAGGGGUUGUCAGUCAUCCCAGAUUCUGUACAUUGCAGAGGGUCCCCUUUUGUGCACAUAUGUCAGCAAUUUCAAUUUAUGCACAGUCAUUAGCAGACGUGAGCUCAUGCAAGAUAGUACCAUAGCGGAGCUCUUCAACAAGAAGUACAGCUGUGUUCGAAAUGUGUUUAUUGACGAUGCCCAGAACUUCAAGGACAGAGAUGGAGACUGGUACUCGUUAGCAAGCAGUCUAGCCAAUCAAGGUGAAGACAACUCCACACUUAAAAAAUGUGAUGAAAAUUGUGCUGCAAGCCAGGGUACCAGUUCAACCAUUAAAGGCUGCAGUUCCGAGGAUCUUACUGAUGGAUUUUUUUGGGUAUGUCUGGAUUAUGCUCAAAAAGUCCACAAGUUUAAGGCUGGCUUACCUGGAGUGAUUGGCAAGAAUAACUUCAUGCUGAGUGAGAUUACAAGGAAUACAAAGGAAAUCUUCAAGUAUGCAGCCAAGUUUUUAAACAAAACAAGUGAAGGUUUGACAGAAGGACAGGACUUUCUCUCCGAUAACCCUGUUCUGGGUCAUGACUAUGAAAGUGGCCAUAGUGUGGAAGUAGUGAAAUGCAGGAAGGAUGCUGUGCAAAAUACCUUGUGUCAUGUUCUGGAUUCAUAUUUAGGAAACGGAGCUCAGCCUGGAGAUAUUGCCAUACUUGUCAGCAAGAGCAAAGACAGAGAGGUUGUGGAAAAAGAUCUUCAUGCGAAUGCAUCACAUGGGAAACUAGAUGUGAUGGUGGAUACUGUACGGCAGUUUAGUGGUCUUGACAAGCCUAUCAUCAUUGGACUCGACCCUUAUGCUGAUGUGAACCAUGCUGACAUGGAUAAAUUAAUUGCCAACCUUGUCACUCGGGCCAGAGAUGGACUGGUCAUCAUCACUUCAUCAGAUGAGCUGAUGAAAAAACUGCAAGAUCAGUAACAAGUAAAGCAAGGUACCAUGAGCCAUUGUGCUUUGAAAUGUGAUAAAGCUGUAACACAUUUUCUUGCUGCAUAAUGGCAGAUAUCCAUCAAUAUCAAGAUAAGCUAACCUAACCAUGUGUAAGCAAACCAGCAUACAAAGCAUUGUACAUAUAUACAAGCCAAUCAUCCAGAAAAUUUUAUAUUAGAAAUGGUACCAAGACAAUAAAUAUUUAACCCAGAUUCCACUUCAAAAACAAGCUUUCCUUCCUCUGGCCAAGAACUUGGGGCCCAUUUCAGUGCUUUUCUGAAACUCUUAACUGGCUAAUAAUUCUGCCGAAAACUUACUUUCAUUCAUGAAUUACAGAAAUUUAAUGACCUCUUGAAAAAUACUAUGAUCUACAGAAAAUAGCCUUUUUUAAAAUAUCAAGGUGUCAUUUGUUCAUAUGCAGAGGUGAUUAGCUGUUUUCAUCAUUUUGUUAGAAGUUUGAGAGAGAAAAAACUAUUUUAACUCAUUUCAUGAAUGAUGAAGGAUCUCACUGAUUAAAGAAACGCACAUAUUAUGCAUAAUCUAUUGUCUUUCUAAUUAGCAGUUCUUCAUAUAACAUGCACAAAAAUCGAUAAAGCUAGGAAGAUAAUGAUACAAUUGUGUGAGUGUAAAUUAAAGAAUAUUUCACUUUACUAAAAUACAUGUCCUUGGGACUAAAGUUUUAUGUAAAUCAAAUUGAAUUUAGGUGGAACAUCACAAAGCUGUUUACAAACUUGCUUAUAAGCAGCAUGUGAAAUUGUGGGGUGCACUGUAGCCGAGACUAAAGUAAACAGCAUUAUGUCCCUUUGGCUGGCUGGACUGCUAAUCCUCUUUCUCAUUGCCUGUGAAUUUUCAUUGAUCUUGAUAGUUGAUGUUAUCUCUUUGUGCUUUCAUUUGACUGCCUCCUCUAAUGCUCUAGGGUUGCUUUAAUUCCUGCAUCAGCUUGUUUUCUUUAUUAUUGACUAACAGUCUCUUUAGCCACAUCAAUGCCAUGCUCUUCACUGUAAUAUGUAUGCACUUCAUUUCCAGACUACUUGCUAGCUACCUUCUAUCGCUUAGAUAGCUUGUAGAUAAUUGAUUUAGGUGUGUCAACAGUGUAGACUCUAAUUGAACAUGCAUUUCCACUAGCUGCAAGCAGUUUAAUUUGUACACACUUCUCUUUGCUAAGAUUUUGUCCUUCGAAUUUUUCAACACACUACUGUAGACUCCACAUUACCAUGACUUGUUAACCUUUUUCUGCUGUAUUUUUACAACAUGGUUGUGUUGAAUCUUUAAUAUGCUUUUCAUUUUUCAACUGUGAUUUAUGUUUAUUAAUGGCUGUUCUCAUGAAUACUGUGAUAUGUAAACAGCAGUGAGUUCUCCCAUAGGGAAUUCAGGGCUUUAUAUAACUGAGCUUAUUAUUGUUACUAAUGUGUAUGAUAAAUAUGCAAAAAGAUUUAAUGUGCAAAGCUUACUACCUCCCUAACUUUACCUUGUUUGUAGGAGACUAAAGGCAUUUUUGUAUAUGUACAAUUUGUGUUCUCUAUUUCGAUAGAUCUUGAUCCGUAUAUGCAUAUCUUAAUACAAAUUUGUGCAACAUCAGACCAAGCAUGUAAUCACCUGUAAAUCUUAUUAACAGAUAUUGGUUUAGCACGAUGUUUUCAAUUGACUCUCAUCAUUUUAUAAACUUUAUUUUGCUGUUUACAAAUACUGAAAUACGUAGCCUACGUUAUCUUUCAGAUUGAACAGUCUUACUUUCCUUUUGUUUUAUGACUUUACUUUUAGCUAAAAUAUGCUAGAAUAUAAAAAUAGCUAAAAUAUACCAAAGCAGAGAUCUGCACAAAUGGGUUUAUUAACAAAGAGGUAAGCAGCUUUAAGUACUUGAGAGCCACCCUCUCCAAGGAUGGCACCUCCAUAACAGAUAUCUGCAUUGGGAUCACAACAGCAGCAAUGGCUAGGUAGACAGGAUCUGGCAUAGCUAUUAUAUCAGGUUUACUAUGAUCUGAACAGCUCUCUCGUGGUGCCCAUCCUGCUCUACAGAUGUGAAAUAUGGACUCUGCUUGCUGACACAGAAAGCAGAAUCCAGGCAUUCGAGAGCAAAUGCCUGAGAAGGCUGCUCUGGGUCUCAUACAGAGAACAUAAAACCAGUGAAUUUGUACAAAGCACUGUUGCCACACUGGUAGGACACCAAGAACCUCUACUUAAAUAGUCAAGCAAUAUAAGCUGGUCUGGUUUGUUUAUUGGAGUUUAAGGCCAUGUCAGCAACCGAGGCCAUCUCAUGGCGAGAGCAAUGUGCAGGACCAUUUAAGGGUUUAAAGAUAUUUGACGAAGAUAUUCUUUUUUUAGUUAUGUACAAUAAGAAACUUUUAAAUGAACUGGGCUUAUUAUAUCAGGUGAAACAUUUGGAUAGAGCAUAUUGGGAUGGUCUGGUUUGGCCUUGUGACACCUUGUAGAAGACUGUUCUUCAAGUUACCUUGGAGGGUGACCAGAGGUAGAACUGUUUCAUGAACAUCAAAGACUGGACUGUGGUUUUGUGCAGGGCCUGCUCACUAUUGCCCAAACCAGGUAUAAGUGGCAGGCCUUGUCAGCUGCCCCAUCUAUCCAUGUGCUCCCUCCAACCACCGGUACCAAUUGAGAGAUGACUGAUGUUUUUAGUGGGUUUUUUUAUGUACCAGAUGACAUGACAGUAUGGAUACACAUCGACCUAUAAGUCUCUUCAAUUUCAGGUUUAAUGUAUGAAUGUCCGUUAAACAUGGUUUGAUCUGUAGGGGCCCUAAUAUCUUUGCUCUUCAGUAAGUUAUGGUAACAGUUACAAGUGCUGCUAAAUUUUUCUCUUCACCUGGUUAUAAUUAGGUUUGGCAGACCUAUCUAGCAACUGUGGGCUGUCCCCCAACAGUAUUUAUGCAUAUCCAAUUCAGUAUAAUAUUUACAUACUUGCAUAACUCAUGCUAUGAGCAAAUCAAAUAAGACUGUAUCAGUAGCUGGUUUAUUGAUUAAAAAUGUUCUCUACAAUGUAAUAUUACAUCAACAUAUUACAGAAGUUUAUACACAUAAAAACUUCCAUCUCAUACUUUUUAUUUUAACCAUUCUUAUCCAUGCAUUCACCAUGCACGCUGUUUUCUUCCUUUAUUUACCAGGGACUUUUCCAUUGUUUACAUACCUUCACAUGGGUAUGCGAAGUUGCAUAAUUACUAUGAACAAUAUAAUUGUAACAUAUAAAUAUCUGUUCUUACAACACAUGACAUUACAAUGGUUUCCUUGAAAUCUACUUGAGCAGCUGUCAACUUAAUCCAUCACUAUGCCACACUGCAAAAUAAAAAUAGACAAAGCAAAAUAAAA